GUUAGGUGUUUACAACCUAACUUGACCGACUAGUGCGACAUUGAACUGUCAUCAUGUGGAUAGGUUAUGUCUCUAAAAAAUUCGAUUAUUUAAUUUUAACAUAACUUCGUCUUUAUUUCUGUGUUUACCUUCCAUGAGAUUUACGCUCAAACAAUGACAGACGAACGAAAUUUUCGCUCGUCAUAUUAUGAAAAGGUUGGUUUUCGCAGCGUCGAAGAAAAAAAGUCGUUGGAAAUAUUAUUGAAAGAGCGUCCCUUCGAUAAAGCGAAAUUAAAACAGUUUUGCCUGAGAUUCACUGUACCUGCUAUGCACAGAAAUUUUUUAUGGAAGGUAUUACUCGAUGUUAUACCGGUUUAUGUAGAUAGCCAUGAAUUUAUAAUGACUCAACGUACGGCAGAAUUUCAAGAUUUACAGAAAGCACUGAAAGUUGCAAAAAUCAUAGAUGAUUAUACAAAACCUCACUUAGUAUUUCUAGCAAUGUGGCUAUUACGUACAAGAAGAGCAAAAGUUGACAUGACUGCACAGUUGGAAUCACCAUUACACAGAGCGAUGGGGAAAAUGGCUGAAACACUGUGGCAUGUAAUUGAUGUUGAAUCUGAACAGGAAAAAUUGGUAGAUAUGUACUGGAUACUAUGUGGACUAUUUGUACAGGUUGAAAAAUUACAAAAGGAAGUGGGAAGAUUACAGGAAUGUACACACGUGUUAUUAGAAAGAGAAGAUGUGGAGUUAUAUAAACAUCUUAUUAAAAUAGAUACGCUUUAUAAUCUUCCAUAUGACACAUGGUUCUAUUCAUGUUUUGCUGGCACAAUAUGUGAUGGAUCUAUUGCUAAGAUAUGGGAUAAAAUAACAGUUGGUGCAUAUCGAAUUUUAGUUUUUGUGGCUGUGGUUACAUUAACCACCUUAAGGCGACUAUUAUUAAGGUGUGAAAGUAUAGAUAAUGUAUUGGAUACCAUUAAUAAUAUAACAGAAGAGACAUCAGAAGUGAUAGUCAAUAAAGCUAUUGAAUCAAUGCAACAAAGUGGAACAAGUCAACUAGUUGACACCUAUUUUACAAAGCACAGUUAGUGUUGUACAAAAAUGCAUUGUGAUUGAUAUAUACUAAAUUGUAAAAUUAUCGGCAUUAAGACUGCUUAUGAUUUUCCUAAGCUAUAUUUAAUUUAAUUUUACGAAUAUCUAUUUUCCAGUUUUGUUAAAUAAAUAUUAAAAUUACUCAUUGGUAUAUACAUAUAUACGUUUACAGGAAUAUACGUAUUGCAAUAUUUAAA